CCAGGUAUAAGAUAUUAAAAGCACGUGGAGCGAACCAACACCAUCCGUGACGGACAUACAGAGCUGGAGUCACGCGCUGUGAAGCGACCAGCGGUUCAGACCGUGUAGGAAUCUCUUCCGACAUUUGCAUCCUACCUGACGGUAGAACCCGUUGGGAGUGAAUAUAUAAACCGGUGAAAAUACGUACCCCAAGACUCCAAGACCUCCGUUGAAAUCCACGGAUACGACGGUGCAAAGCCCACGGCAAUGGCAUGCGAAAUCGACAAGCCAUCGGCCGUUAUCUCCUCCGUCAGAUCAACAGGCGUUGCGAUCAUUGAGCUCAACCGGCCCAGUAAAAGAAACGCGCUCUCACGGCGCAUGAUUGCGGAUCUUACCGGCACAAUGCGUCAUCUCGAUCUGGACACGAACGUGCGCUGCGUUGUUCUCACAAGCUCCGGCCAGACCCCUUUUAGUGCUGGGGCAGACUUAGUCGAGUUAAGCCAACUCACCACUGCUGAAGCGCACCGUAUAGGGUGGCUGAGGGAUCUCGAGGUUGCGUUCACAUCCUUCCGGAAACCAAUCAUCGCAGCGGUGCGCACCUUUGCUUUUGGCGGCGGCUUCGAGAUUGCCCUCAUGUGCGAUAUGAUACUGGCUUCUGCAGAUGCUCAAUUUGGGUUUCCCGAAAUCAAGCUCGGCACGAUUCCUGGAUUGGGAGGGACACAGCGGUUGGCCAGAACGAUUGGAAAACACAAGGCUAUGGAGCUCAUCCUGACUGGUGCUUCGAUAAGCGCAGAGGAACUGCUUCGUCUGGGGCUCCUGAACAAGGUCUGCUCGACUGAACAGGAUGUGCUGGAAGAAUCUCUGAAGAUGUCAGAGAAGGUGGCAGCAUUCUCUGCGCCGGCCGUUGGGCUGGCAAAGCAAGCUGUGGUGGCGGCUGAGGCCACAACGUUGGAUGCGGGGUUGCAGAUUGAACGUGCCCUGUAUUACUCCAGUUUCUCGCUUGCCGACUGCCAGGAGGGUGUGGCAGCUUUCCUGGAGAAACGAGUUGCUAAUUUCCAGCACCAAUAGACACAUGUACCGGUCUGCUCUUCUUCAAGGAUGAGCUCAGCCAUCCACUAGGGAAUGAGUUGCUCCCUCCUCAUCCUCUUGGCAUGGUGAAGUCUGCAUACUAUAGCAUGCAGACAGGGUAGGUGUGAAUACUCGACGCGGGUAAAGAGGCCGUGUGGGAUUUUGCCGGAAGAGCCUUCGGAGCCAGGGGCAGUUUUUGAGCAGGGAAGUCCGUGCCUGUUAUAAUGCCAGAGCGGAGUGCGGCGUUGAGGGAAUCAGUUUGGAACGGAG